GUAUCUAGCGUAUAAAUUGUACGCAUGGUGAUUAUAUUUUGAUUUGCAAUUUGACUACUAUAUUAUUUUGGAAUUAAUUAAGGACACUGCUGUGCUGUAAAAAUGCCGGAUAUAGAAAUGUCUGGUAUGGAAGAUAGCUCCCAAGACGGUUCGAUUACUAAUAGUGUUUCAGAUUCAGGAAAAGGGAAUAAAGCAUUGAUUAAGAAAAAAACUAGGAAGCGAGGUAUCAUAUAUCUGUCCACUAUCCCUCCUUACAUGAAUGUGGCUAAGAUUCGUGAAAUAUUCAGUGAAUUCGGCGAAGUUGGGAGGAUAUACCUGCAACCAAGUGCUAAACCUGGAGAAAAACGCAAGCGGGUGCCAAAUCAAUUUACAGAAGGUUGGGUGGAGUUUCAGAAGAAAAAGAUUGCCAAGUUGGUGGCAACAAAACUAAACAAUACUAAGAUUGGCACAAGAAAAAAGUCCCGAUACUAUGACAUGAUAUGGAAUAUCAAAUACAUACCGAGGUUCAAAUGGAUACAUUUGAGUGAACGACUUGCAUAUGAGAGGGCUGCACUAAAACAGAGGUUGAGAGCUGAAAUAUCACAGGCCAAGAAGGAGGCCCACUAUUUACAAACAAAUGUAGAAAAAAGUAAAAAAAUGAAGAAAAACAAAUCAGUUGAAUCAACAAUAAAAACAACUUUAAGUUAA